AGCAGAAGUCAACUUCCGCUUCCUGCGGGAGUACUCUUAGUUUGAAAAGUUUGUCCCUUGUUUACGAUGCACUUCAUUAACGCUCCAUGCAUCUGUAUCCUAUACACGUCCGUGCUCCGAUGCAGUGAUAACAAAGAAAAGAAGCAAGGAACAUUUCUGUUAUUCAGUCAGCUUGCAACAAUUUUUGACAUUAAAUGUUAAAACAUAAGAAAAGAAUUUAACCUAUCAAUGCUUGUGAGGUCUAUUCCUUGUAACAAGGAGCAUAAAUAGGUCUGGAGUGCUUGUGAUGAGCCAGAAAUAAAAAAAGAAGCCAGAAAUAAAUCGUUAGCUGAAUAUUUUUUCACGUUUGUGUCACUUUUGGAGUAGGAAAUAUGAAUCACAGUCUACCCAAAGGUACACUGGCUUACUGUUGUCUUAGUCUUGGCUUCACCCUUCUCAGCAGAGGAUUUGGAUUCUACUAUGUGAAAGUCUUUCUCAACAUAUACAAAGUGAAGGAGUCCUGGUUUCAUUUCUCACAAAUCCUAUACAUGGCUUGGAAUGCCAUAAAUGAUCCCCUGUUUGCUCAUUUUCAAGAUAACACCAGUAGUUUUCUCACCAGGACACGUCGAGAAGGCAUAUUGUACACAGCACCACUGUUUGCUUUGUCCUACAUGAUUGCAUGGCUGCCCUUCGGCCAAAGUGACUGGGCAGUAGGUGUUCAUUUGAUAAUUGCUCUCUGCUUUUAUGAUACUAUGUUCACAUUCAUCGGACUUCUGUGCUGUUGCCUAUUUACAGAGAUGAAUGCAGAUCAGAAGAACAGACUGCGCCUUACUAGAUAUUCAACCAUAGCGGGACUAAUAGGAGCACAGAAUGUUUUUGUGCUUGAAUAUACUUCAGAUAGUCUGCAAAACUUUAGAGCAUUCCAAGUUACUUCAUUUGUGAUAGCUGUGAUGGCAUGCAUGCUCAUGAUGUAUGCAGGAUUACAUGCAAAUACAAAAUACGACACAGGAAACAAUGGAGUUGAUGAAGACUGCUGCAGAGAUGCAGUGCCUGAGCAUGAAUCAUUUUGGAGAAAAACAUGGCAGAUAAUGAGGGAGAAAGACUUUUUAGCCUUUGUCACUACCAACUUCUUUCAAGAGUUCCACAAAACAUAUCUUUCUGGAUUUACAGCUAUCUUUUGUGAUUAUCUCAUCCCAACAUCCCAAGUAUCGAAGGCAGCUCGCAGUAUCUUCUAUGGGAUGACCGGCACAUUAGGAGGACUUGCUGUGAUAUUUGGUGCACCACUCAUUGGAAGACUUGGUUACUUUCAAGUGAUCCGCUACAGUUUUAUAUGGAAAUUUUUUGGUGGCCUUACAAUUUAUUUCAUUGGUUCUUCCAAUCCAUGGCUAGUUAUGCUGUUUAUCAUUUUGGACUCGAGUUUUGCAAGUGCAACAUUUUCUUUGUUCAACAUGCCACUUGCAGACAUUGCAGACAAUGAUAAAAAGACUUACAAACGCAAGCACCCGAUAUCUUCCAUGGUGUUUGGAACCAAUGCUGUAAUCGUCAAACCUGCGCAGUCUGUGGCACCAAUGAUAGUGGUUGCCAUUCUGAACCACUAUGGGUAUGAGCAGCUCAAGAGUGGCCUUUUGCCAUCUUCAGAUGUGGAGCUCAUCAAGGACAUAAUGUUUAAGAUGCUUUGCUUCUUCCCCAUUCUGCUGGCCAUCAUUCAGUUUUGUGCAUGGUCACAGUUCACUAUCCGCCACAAGACGAUGGAGAAGGAAACUGAACCUGACCAUGCAUUGUAAUGAGAUAUCAGCGCCUUCAGUAACGAGCUAGAACAACCAGCUGAUGAGCAAGAGCAUGCAUGUAUUAGGGUCCAGGGUAUGCAUGUGCGUUGUUGUGUAGAGAUAUGUAUUUUUCUGUGCCAUGACAAACAUGCACAAUUGUAUCCUUAAGUUCAGCAAUACAGUUUGAGACUGAACAUUAUUUUGUUCCUAAUACAAAUCUAACUCCAAAAAUGCUCAAAUGGUAUCUGGUCUGUUUAUUGUCAUUUUUUUACUCAUUUUGGUUCAUUCAGGACUUAUGGCCCAUGCUAAGGUCUUUGGGUUUGUUUGAUUUUUUUUUUUUUGGUUGUUGAAAUCUUCUCUGCAAGAGAUUGUGAUGGACAUAAGCCAAAUCAUUUUGUUUGGAGAUGACUUCAGUGUCAGCACAACUGAUGCUUUAUUAGUCAUUUGCAUUGCAUUUCUGUGUAAUACUGACUCUGGACUUAUGUCUGUAUGUAUAUAAACCUCUUUACAGUUAACCACAAAUAAACAUAUCGUCAAGAUAAGCCCACAUACACUUAGUGGAUAAGCAAGAAUCUCUGAACUGUAAAGAUUUAAUUAAGAAUUUUUAUGUCAAAAACAAUGGACCAUUUAGGGCCAUGAAAUAAACCACAUCUUCAUUUCAUCAAGGAAUAUACUUGUAGUAUUAGAAAGUAGGAAGUACAAUGUAUGCUGCAAAGAGGAGUCGGGCAAAAUAUGUGUCUUGCAGACUCUUUUGCCAUUAAAGGGAGCAUCUAUUGCUUUCCUUUCACACUCAUUUACAACUCUUUAAAUUCUAUAUCAUGCCACAUGUCUUUUAAAACUUUAUCUUUCAGCCACACAAAUUACAUGAUACCUAUUGCAUUAUAGUAUAUUUUCAAGUCUUGCAAAGCUGUAAUGGGCAUAGUGUUUUUCAAAACCUGUGCUUUCUUGAACAUUUUUAAAGUUAUUUCUAGAUGCCACAUGGAUGUUUAAUUUCUGUACACGUUUUACACAUGCCUUGUAACUUUUUGUUUAGCUAACAUAAUUUUGGGGUUUUUAAAAAGUAAACAAAUAGUGCUUGGAAUGUUUUACUUUUAUUCUGGAUCCAUAUUAAAAACAAUUUUUCAGAGCAAGUGCAUGAAGCAUUUGCUGAAUUAAACUUAAAGCACACAGUCAAUAAAUUCAUCACUUUAGCUGUGGUCAUACACUGUUUUAAUGUUUUAUAUUUUGACUGUAACUGUUUCUGUCCUUAAAAAAUCCAGAAUUAUCAGUAGCAGCAGUAAAGUUAAUAUUUUGGCAGUUUAGUACUCCAGCUCAUAACAUCUAGGAACAGGAUGCAGCGUGCAACGAAUGAAGUUUACUGUUGAAAGGAAUGUAAUGUGUGCAUGCAUAUUUCCAGCAGCUUUGUCAAUGUUUGUUACAUAAACUUUGCACAGGAUAUUGAUGCUGUUAAUUGUUAAUAUUGUGAUAAGAUUUUUUGGAAGUUAUUACAUAUUUGGAAAUACAUAUUCAUAUAUUCAUUUAUAUCUAUAUAACUUCUUUGUAGACUUUCAUGGCAGGAGGAAAUUGUUUUAUGGAAAUUAUCUUUGUUGCCUCUCUGUUGUUGUCUGCUGCGGACAGCUUGCUUGAGAGUUGAUUUUUAAAGUUUAGGACACAUAGAAUUGAAAUAUACAGUUUUUUUUCUUU